AUGGACCCAGGUAAACAAGAUGCCCUUAACAGUAUUGAGAAUUCCAUUUACAGAACAGCCUUCAAAUUACGAUCAGUGCAAACUCUGUGCCAGUUGGACUUGAUGGACAGCUCUUUGAUUCAGCAAGUCCUCCUCCGUGGCAGCCUCUGGGAAGCGAGAGAGACCCCGCUCCCUGUGCAGCAGCUCUCUCGGGCUCUUCAGGAGCUUUUUCGUAGAGUCGGGGUGGACAAACCAGGACAGGUGCAUCCCAGAGCUUCAGAACUCACUCUGAGCCUUCUCACAACGAUGUAUGACAGCACAGGAACGGGUUUGCUCAAGCUUGUGCCUGCAGCUGCUGCCCUGAUUGCUUUGUCCGGGGACAGCCCUCUUACAAAAUACAGAGCUCUUUUUCAGCUCUAUGCAGAAAAUACCAGGGGAGCUUAUGAUUCUGGGGCACGCAUGACUCGAAGCAUUUUGAGAAACCUACUAACAGAUCUACAGCAGAUCCCAGCGGUCGUAGGGGAGAGUCGCACUCUGUGCUCUGUGGAAAGUGCUACCCGCAGCUGUUUCCAAGGGGUGUUGAGCCCAACAAUCAAAGAAGAAAAAUUCCUGUCUUGGUUGCAGUCUGAGCCUCCCAUCCUCCUGUGGCUCCCAACCUGCUACCGGUUAUCUGCUACAGAAAUGGUCACUCACCCUGCCCGGUGUAGAAUCUGCAGGAACUUUCCAAUCACAGGACUGAGAUACCGCUGUCUGAAGUGUCUCAACUUUGACCUCUGCCAAGCGUGCUUCUUUGCUGGGCUUCACAGAGGAUCUCCCCAGAAGGUCCAUCCUGUGAUGGAGGUCUGCGUCCAGAUGUCGGCAAAGGAGAAUACGAAAUGCCUGGUCAGGACCCUCAGAAGCAACCUGCUCCGAGGACGCAGUAGGAGAAAAGAAACUUCGAGAAGGCGGUGGCUGCUGGACCAGGCGACUCCAGGGAAGCUGGCUAAUGACACACAGGCCGGAUUCCUUAAAAAACAGUUAAAACGAUGCAAAGACAAGUUGCAAGCCAUCUAUGCCUCGCAGGAAGAAAAAAGUUGCAGAUUUGAAACCAAGAUUCACAGGCUUACAGCCAACCAGGAUAGCCUGUGGACCCAGCUACAGCAGAUGGGGCAGGAGCUCCAGGCAGUGUUACAGUCACUCCCUCCUUCCUCGUCUUCCUGUCAAAGUAUGAUUUCCAAGGGUGACCAUGGAAAGGCUGAAAGGCUUUGCAGGGGAGGAGAUUCUUCCCAGGUCACAAAAGCCAAUGAGGAUUGUUCAGAAUGGGAACCUCUUGCCUCCCCAACCGCAACUGACACCAAAGUCACUAAAAGUCACCAAAGUCAAGCAAAUGCAGAGCAAGCUCUACCAAAUUCAGAAUCACCAGAGGCCAUUUCACAGCUGAAGUCAACACAAAGCACCAGGGCACAAAGCCAAGCACAAAAGAUCUCAAAGGAAAUCUUUAGCUCCCCAACCAGUUCUCAGGAGGGACUGCUGCGGGACAACUCCAAGAUUGUUCCCACUGAAAUGAACAGUCCUACUCUGGCACUGGCAAAAAGGAAAGAGACAGUUAACAUCCAGGAGGGAAAGGAUGAGCUCGAGGAAAAGGAACUGCAAGAACUCUUGUCAAAACUGACAGAUGCCUUCACUCUAGAAAUGCCAUCAGGCCUGCAGCCUUCAGUAAACGUGGACCUGUACCGUGGAGCUGAGCGGCUGUCCAAGGCCUUCUGUGCCCUUGUUGAUCAAAUCACCUUGUCCAGCUUGAAGUGAUUAGUAGGAGUCCAGGCUCCAAGGCCCCUUAGGAUGGUGAUGAAACAUAUUUUCCAUAAUCUGUCCUAAAGAAUUAAGUGUUUUGCCUCUCAAGAAUUUGGUGUGAAACAUGAAGAAAAUAAGUUUUUUUUUUUUUUUUUUUAAUCUCCCUACUCAUGUGUCUUAGUUUUUCAGUUCAGAGUAAAUCUUUGGGAGUAAGAGGCCGAGUUGAAUCUGGGUGUGCUGAGUUUCCAGCAGAGGGCUCUUCUUAAUUUAGAUACCUUGGUAGGGAUGUCCAAGUGUGUGAUUUACAUGAAUUCAUGCUACUGUCUUCUUCAAAUAUCAUUUAAAUUAUUGAAUUGAUGACCAAAUUUUCUAUCUGGAUGCUCCUGACGGAGAACAGGCAGAGAACUAAACACAUACACACAUACACACACACCAUUGAGUGGAUGCAAAACUGGUGAAAUCUGAAUAAACUCUGUGGGUUGUACCCACGUCAAUCUCCUGGUUGCAUUACUCUACUGUAAUUAUGCAAGGGGGCACUACCAUGGAAGAAAACUGGAUGAAGAGUAUAUAGGAUGUCUCUGUAUUGUUUCUUAUAACUGUAUAGGAAUCAACAAAUGAUCUCAAAAUAAAUUUAUUUUGAAGUCAUGAAUAUUUCUUGCUAAAAUCCUAUAUGUGGGGCGCCUGGGUGGCUCAGUGGGUUAAAGCCUCUGCCUUUGGCUCAGGUCAUGAUCUCAGGGUCCUGGGAUCGAGCUCUGAGUCUGGCUCUUUGCUCAGUGGGAAGCCUGCUCCCCACCCCACCCCUGCCUGCCUCUCUGCCUAC